AUGCACACCGUACGUACCUUGACCGGUUCGGGCCGAGAUAUGCUUGAUCCGGCCUUUCGCGUUGUCGGAUUCGGCGACGAAUCCCAUAUCGUGACUGUUGUCACGCACUGCCGUGCACUUUGGGUUACGGAUCCUGCCAUUGGGAAAUCCGAAGGUGAAGGUGGCGGCGAGCAAGCAGCCAGCAACACGACCCCGAACCCCUUCAGAUUUGUGGGAAGAUUGCAGCUUGGAGAGGGCGAAGAGAGCUAUAUUGACGCGCCGCGCAACCCCGACACGGAUACCAUUGAUACUCCGUGGAGGCAGGAGAUACACAAGACUUUUGCCCACGUAUUUUAUGACGUUAUGAACUAUCUGCCCUCUGUCAACUGCACUGUGGGACAUUACCACCCGCCGAAACACCAAGUACUCGGCGUGCCGUCUGUUGCCAGUCAAAGCAAUUGGGACAACAGCGAGGUUGAAGUGCAAGCCGCCGUCUGCAAGAAAUGGGAGACGAAUAUGCUUCUCAUACCUACGUUCUUGGCACCUGGUGUUACAAUCCGCGCUACUGUCCAGGACGACCAGGACGACCAAGGCGAGCAAGAAAGGGAAUUGGGCAUCUUUGACAAGUCGAAGGAGCACAAGUUUGAGAUUUGGUACUUGCGUAGAGACGUCACCAUACGCCUGUAUGUGGAGGGAGACAAUGCCCAAAAGAACAGCAUCGCCGCUGUCCUGGUGCUUGGAGAGCUGUGCGUUGAUGAUCAUGGCCAGCCAGAGGAUUUCUGCAAUCAUGAUAUCUAG